AUGGCAGGUGCGAAUCAGAAAGGAAUCGUCAACAUUGACACAAUCGACGGGCAUCAGAAAGAAGGACUGCCGAAGGAAUUGAGGGACGAGCUUGACAAGCUAGAGAAGCAAUUUACAGUAACCACUGAGAAGCUGAAGGAAAUCACGAAGCGCUUUCAGGAGGAGCUCGAGGAAGGUCUCAAAGAAAACGGCAAGAAUAUUGCCAUGUUCGUUACGUGGGUACUCGGCUUUCCCACAGGUGAAGAAAAAGGAUCUUUUCUCACAGUCGAUCUCGGCGGCACGAAUCUUCGUGUCUGCUGGAUUACGCUGAAUGGCAAGACAAAAGACAAGGAACACGACAUAGUCGUGAAGCAAGACUCGUACACAAUGCCUGGUGAACUUAAAACAGGCAAUGCAUCGGAUCUAUGGUCAUUCAUUGCCCAAUCUUUGCAGAAGUUCAUUGAGAAAGAGAACCUUACUGCGACGCCCAAUGAACCACUUCCUCUAGGCUUUACAUUUUCCUACCCAGCUAUCCAAGACUACAUUGAUCAAGGCGUGCUCCAAACCUGGACCAAAGGCUUUGAUAUCGAGAACGUCGAAGGCAACGACGUCGCAUCUCAGCUACGAUCCGCCAUAUCUGAUCUCAACUUAUCCAUAGAGAUCGUGGCAGUAAUCAACGACACAACCGGCGCAAUGAUAGCAUCCGCCUACAACGACCCCGACACGAUAGUAGGAGCCAUCUUCGGCACCGGAUGCAACGCAGCCUACAUGGACAAAAUCAGCAACAUCCCAAAACUAAAAGGCAAAGAACAGAUCCAAAACCUGAGUCCCGAUACCCCAAUGGCCAUCAACUGCGAGUACGGAGCCUUCGACAACGCCCGAAAAGUCCUGCCCAUAACAAGAUACGACGAAAACAUCGACGCAGACUCUCCACGACCCGGAGAACAAGCCUUCGAAAAACUCUCAGCAGGCCUCUACCUCGGCGAGAUCUUCCGCCUCAUCAUCCUCGACAUGCACGAUCGUAACCUCUUCCUCAAAGACCAAGACAUCACCAAACUCAAAGAACCAUACAGCAUCGACACCGCCUUCCUCUCCAGCCUCGAAGACGAUUCUACAGAUAGCUUAACCCAAUCCUCCGAGACCUUCAAAUCAGACUUCAACCUCACCUUCACCGAGCCAGAACUAAACUUCAGCCGUCUCCUCGCGCACCUCAUCGCCAUCCGCGGCGCACGACUCUGCGCCUGUGGAGUCGCUGCGAUAUCUCGUAUGACAAAAACUACGACUGGGCACGUCGCGGCAGACGGUAGCGUGGCGAACAAACACCCGCGGUUCAAGAAACGGUGGGGCCAGGCGUUGGGAGAGAUACUGGACUGGAGUGGGGAGGACAUCAACAAGGCUGUUGAUGAGACCGGCGCACCGAUUGUGAUUACGAGUGCGGAGGAUGGGAGUGGUGUGGGUGCGGCGGUGAUUGCGGCUAUGACGCUUGAGAGGUGGAGGAAGGGCCAUGAUGCGGGAAUAAAAGGAGAUGGAUUUGAGAAAGUGAGUGGACGAUGA